UUUUCCACACUUCCACACGCUCUCCUUCUCUCUCUUCCCUUCAUUGGUUUGUGGCUUUCAACCCCAAAGCUGGAACCAUCUAAACAAGCCAAACCAAACAGCACCAAAACCAAAAUUCCUAAUAUCAACGUACGCCUUCCCCCCGAUAAGGAAAGUAAAAUCCACAAGUACAUUCAGCGAUAAAUUCCUUGCUCCGCUACUAAAACUCUCCCUUUCAAGUUUUAACUACACCCCACCACCAACUCCAUCUCUUCUAUCCCCAACAUCACUCAAAAAAAAAAUUAAAAAAUUUCCCUCAUACACCUUCUCCCAUGAUCUGCAAGCGAAGCUUUGAUUUCACAAAAGCUAAAUUUAGUUAAACACCUGCAUAUUAAAUUUUUCUGCUAUAUAUGCACCACAUGUCCCUCUCACACUAAACAAAAACACCACCCUUUGCUUUUUGCUUUUCAUAAGAACUUCCAUAAAUAGUCAACGACUCAGCCUUCCUUUGGUUUUUUUUUUAGAUUAAGGUGAAAGGGUAGUGCUCAUGGCGAGGGAGAAGAUUCAGAUUAAGAAGAUCGACAACGCCACCGCGAGGCAGGUCACGUUCUCCAAGCGUCGCAGAGGGCUCUUCAAGAAAGCUGAGGAGCUUUCGGUUCUGUGUGAUGCUGAUGUUGCCCUCAUAAUCUUCUCUUCCACUGGGAAACUCUUUGAGUACUCAAGCUCGAGCAUGAAGGAAAUACUUGAAAGGCAUCAUUUGCACUCAAAGAAUCUAGCAAGGAUGGAGCAACCAUCUCUCGAGUUGCAGCUAGUUGAAAACAGCAACUGCUCCAGAUUGAGCAAGGAAGUUGCCGAAAAGAGCCAUCAACUAAGGCAGCUGAGAGGAGAGGAUCUUCAAGGCUUAAACAUAGAAGAAUUGCAACAAUUGGAGAUGUCACUUGAAACUGGAUUGGGCCGUAUAAUAGAAAAGAAGGGAGAGAAGAUUAUGAGUGAGAUCGCUGAUCUCCAAAGAAAGGGGAUGCUAUUGAUGGAAGAGAACGAGCGACUCAAACGUCACGUGGCGGGGAUAAUUAAUGGUCAAAGGCAUGGUGGUGCCGAAUCUGAGAACUUUGUUAUGGAUGAAGGUCAGUCUUCGGAGUCUGUCACGUACGUUUGCAAUUCCACUGGACUCCCCCAAGACUAUGAAAGCUCAGAUACUUCGCUCAAAUUGGGGCUACCAUACUCCGGCUGAUGAGAAAGUGUGUGAGGAGAUAAAAUUAACUCAAGCAAAAGUGCACAAGAUUAUGGUCUAAAUUUCAUUAAUGAUUAUGUCUCUAGUAUGUCCCCGUGGUGUGUAUAGGUAGUAUAAAUAUUAGUAAAUAGUAAGGACUUAUGUUAUGGGGUACUCUAAUGUCAUUCAGAAUUAAUUGUUUUUUAAAAAGAAAGCAAUUCGAGUUAUGUUUUUAAUUGGACUU